GCGGAAAUUGCCCAACGGGAAGAAGUCGUCGCCUCGUAGCUUGGCGGGGGCUUUUUCGGUUAUAGCGGCGGCAGCAGGAGCGGCUGCAACAGCAACAGCAACAGCAACUGCACUGCAACUGCAACAGCAAAAGCAGCAGACCGUCAUCAUGGGCAAUACAAGCAGCGAGCGGGCUGGCAUGGAGCGCCAGGGUGGGCACAAGACCCCCCGCAGGGACAGCACGGGGGGAACCAAGGAUGGGGACAGGCCCAAGAUCCUGAUGGACAGCCCCGAGGAUGCGGACCUCUUCCACUCGGAGGAUAUCAAGGCUCCAGAAAAGGAAGAGUUCCUUGCAUGGCAGCAUGAUCUAGAAGUGAAUGACAGAGCUCCCACUCAGGCUCGUCCGACUGUGUUUCGCUGGACAGGGGGAGGAAAAGAGGUUUACUUAUCUGGAUCCUUCAAUAACUGGACGAAACUCCCCCUCACAAGAAGCCACAACAACUUUGUAGCAAUCCUGGAUUUGCCAGAAGGAGAACAUCAGUACAAAUUCUUUGUGGAUGGGCAGUGGACCUACGAUCCCUCUGAGCCAGUAGUGACCAGCCAGCUUGGCACGGUUAACAACGUCAUUCAGGUGAAGAAAACUGACUUUGAAGUGUUUGACGCUUUAAUGGUGGAUUCCCAAAAGUGCUCCGAUGUGUCCGAGCUGUCGAGUUCGCCGCCAGGACCUUACCAUCAGGAACCCUAUACUUGUAAACCAGAGGAACGUUUCAAAAGUCCCCUUCUUCCCCCACACCUGCUCCAGGUCAUCCUGAAUAAGGACACUGGCAUCUCGUGUGACCCUGCCCUACUGCCCGAGCCCAACCACGUCAUGCUGAACCACCUGUACGCCCUCUCCAUCAAGGACGGCGUGAUGGUGCUCAGCGCCACCCACCGCUACAAGAAGAAGUACGUCACCACCUUGCUGUACAAGCCGAUAUGAAGCCCCCAGGAGGCCGCCGCGCUGGGAGCGACGGAGAGACGGCGCAGCGCGACCCGACCCAUCACAGCUUCACGCCCCAGGAACUGCCCCCCAAGGAAUCAUCCCACGCUUUUCUAGGACAUUUCCCCCCACCCUGCUUGAAGAUCUCCUUCUGGCAAGGCAGCUCCUGAGGAGCCGGCCCGCUCACCAUGGCCACUGACUGACCACAAAACCUGGCAUUUACCUUGAGGGGAGGGCGUAAGGAAGGCGCGGAAGACUGGCCGCAGCCCGAAGCGGGAGGAAACUUGUGUGCUCCGUUGCAGGCACGCGUCCCCCCCAAACCAUCAUCAGUAGGCCCCGAUCACAGGGGCGGGCUGCUCUGUGUCUCAGGAUGUGUGUCCGUGGGCGCGACAGGAAGCUCCGGCCCUGGCCCUCACGCACACUGAGUAUGCUGUGUUUUUAAUCCAAAAUUAUUGCAGACGGGAAUGUAUAUAGUAGAGAUGCAAUGACGCAGGCUUCUAAGGCAUUUUCUUUUUUUAAUCACCAGCAUUUGGGUGUGGAUCAUGGGGCCCCUCAGGGACCCCUGGUGCAACCCUCUAGUCAUCCCACAGGGGCCAGGCUGCCUAGAGGGCCAGCCAGUGCCCUGAUGGGGUCAUCGCUCGUUCUAGGGUGCGGCAACAGGGGACCUGUUUGCUGAGUUACCCCCUUAGCUGAGAUUUCAAAACCAAAUGAUCACGGAAGGCUCCAGCAGGGGCCAGCCAUUUAGCAAAGCUUUUGUUUCUGAAGGGAAUCUAGACUUUGUGGGGUGGGUGACCUCACAAGGAAAUGCCAGCAGGAAUCGGCACUCCCCCACUCUGGGGCCCACUCUGGGGUUAGCAGCCAAGGUCCCCGGGCCGGCCCUUGUUACCUCACUCCAGUGUUGUUCAUUCAGUGCUCCCGAGCCUUCAGACACUCACACCUCUUGUAUCGUUGUGGAAACACUGAAUCACUGUUACCUUCUCAUACCUCCUGAACAGGUUUAAAUAAAAGCAUUUUAUAAAAAAUUAUGGCCAUAUCAUUGGGUCCGUGAUUGGGGGGAAGGGGAGAGAGUUCUGAAGGCUCCUGAUGACCAUUAUCAGAUCAUUCCUGUAGGAUCAGUGACUUAAUCUCAGCAUCACAGAUAGCCAGAGGGGCAGGAACCUCAGCGCUCCGCGGGGAUCCCCAGCAUCUGUGUGAAGAGCUUCACGUUCCAUGAGCCUCCCUGUUAGCAAGUUCCCCAAUUGUUCCUAGUCCUUCCCCUGGGGCCAGAUGCACCAAACUAAUCCCCCCCUUCCACAUGAUAGCCCUUUUAUAAGAGCCUGAAGACCUAGGCUAUUCCCAUCUGGCUCUCCUCCAAGCUAACCUUUCCCAGAGUUCUUGCUACUGAACCCCAUUUGACAUGGAUUCAAAGUCCUUGGUCAUCCUUGCUGCCCUCUGGAUGCACUUGAGCUAAUAAAGGAAUCAAUAAACACUGA